AGAUGGCGGCCGCCUCCGUCGCCUUGCUGCUGAGCUGCUUCUUGGCGGCGGGCGGCGGGUUCGGAUUCCGGCCCCGCGGAGGAGCCUCCCUGGACGACGACCUGCUCCUGCCUUACCCUCGGGCGCGGCCCCGGGAGCCCAGGGACUGUCGGCCCGUCCGCAACGGGAGUCGUCCCCACGAGACCUGGCCGCCGGGUCCCCCCGACUCCGCCGCCCACGGCCUGGUGGUCCACAGUUUCGUCUCCUACUUCCCCGCCGUGGAGAAUGGGUGGAAGCGGGCGGUGUCCGGACAUUUGACGGUGGCGACUGCGCCGCUGCGGAGCUUCUCGGUGUUGGAGCCCGGGGGUCCCGGGGGCUGCGCCGCCGGCCGCCGCCGGCCCGUGGAGGACACGGCCCGGGCCGCUGGCUGCCUCGUCGCCCAAAACGGAGGCUUCUUCCGCAUGGAGACGGGCGAGUGUCUGGGGAACUUGGUGAGCGACGGGCGGCGCGUUGGCGACGCGGGGGGGCUGCAGAACGCGCAGUUCGGGAUCCGCCGGGACGGGACCUUGGUCACCGGAUAUUUGACGGAGGAGGAGGUGCUGGACGAGGAGAAUCCGUUUGUGCAGCUGGUGAGCGGGGUGGUGUGGCUGCUGCGGGCCGGACGCAGCUAUGUCAACGAAAGUCAGGAGUUGGAGUGUGACAAGACCCAGGAGACGGGGACGUUUUCCAAGUUUGUAAACGUGGUGUCAGCCAGGACAGCCCUGGGACACGACAAGGAGGGGCGGUUGGUGCUGUUCCACGCGGAUGGGCAGACGGACCGCAGGGGCAUUAACCUGUGGGAGAUGGCCGAGUUCCUGAAGGAGCAGGGAGUGGUGAAUGCCAUCAACCUGGACGGAGGAGGGUCAGCCACGUUUGUUGUCAAUGGGACCCUGGCCAGCUACCCGUCCGAUCACUGCCGAGAGAACGGCAUGUGGCGCUGCCCCCGCUCUGUCUCCACCGUGGUGUGCCUGCACGAGCCCCGCUGCGAGCCACCCGACUGCAGCGGCCAUGGGAACUGCAUCCAGGGCACCUGCCACUGCACCGGGGCCUUCUGGAGCGGCCCCAGCUGCAACGUGCUGGACUGUGGCCCCUCCAACUGCAGCCUGCACGGGCUGUGCAGUGACACUGGCUGUCUCUGUGACGCAGGUUGGAUGGGCAGUAACUGCAGCGAAGCCUGCGUCCCUGGCUUCUUCGGGAAUGGCUGCACCCAGCAGUGUCGGUGUCAGAAUGGAGCCACGUGCGACCCCGUGCAUGGGACCUGUGCCUGCCCCGCUGGCUUCCACGGAGACAUCUGCACCCAGACAUGUCCCCUGGGCUGGUAUGGUCCCAACUGCCAGCAGCAGUGUGAGUGUGAGAACACGUGUCCCUGUGAUCCAGAGACCGGCAGCUGCAACCUUACUCAGUCUUCCGCUGUCCACGAGGUGCUUUCAAGAGCUGGUCAGUGUCUGGCUCCCUCCCUGAGGAGAGAUGACCCUCACAUCACUGAGGCUGCCUGGCUCUCCCUCACGGUGGCUCUGGCCCUACUCCUGGCGAUCAGUGCUGCGGUCAAUGUCAAGCUGGCUCUAGGCCCCAGAACCACCCUGAUGCGGCGCCUGGAUAGGCAAUACACGUACGUGCCCCUGCAGGAAACCAACGGAGAACUUCCGCCACCACCGCCAGAGAAGGAGCAGUCGGGAGAAACGCAGGAAUCCAGUCAGCCUGAGAUGGUGGCUCUGCUUUAGGGUCAUGUGGAGCCGGUCACCUGUCACCCAGGUGGCUUUCGGGCUGCCUCAAAGGGGUUCCGGGGAAGGCAGGGACCCAGCCCAGGUACAGCUCCGCUGCCCGGGCCCGUUUUGGAGGGGCUGUGCGUUCAUCCCUCAGCCUUCUGGGAGCGCUCACACACAUGCAAACACGCACACCCAUUUCCCCCCUGGCCCAGUCUGCCUGGAGCAGUCUCUCACACGCACACAUGCACACACAAACACACACGCACACACACUUCCCUCUCCCCGCAGUCUGCCAGGAGCGCACAUGCGUAGACAUGCACACACCCGCACCCUAAUCUGCCUGGAGUUCACACAUAUCCUUUCUUCCCCCACCCCAGUCUGCCAGGAGCACACUCACACUCAUACACCCACACACCACCCCGACUCGCCUCUCUCUCCCUCACUAGUCUGCCAGGAGCACGCGCACACUCAUGCACACACAUACCCACACCCCAGUCUGCCUGGAGUUCACACACAUCCCCUUAUCCCCCUUACCCUCCCCCAGUCUCCCAGAGCGUGCGCGCACACACACACAUGCCCCACCCUGCCUCACCUCCUUCUCCCCUCCUAGACAGGAGCGCGCACACGUGCUUGCAUUCACACAUCCACACCGCUAUCAGCCUGGCGUUCACAUACAUCCACUCUUCCCCCUUGCCCUUCCCCAGUCUGCCAGAAGCGCACAUACACACACACACACAUUCCCAUGGAAUAAAAGCUCCCCCAACAAGCCUUAGCCUACCUGGGCUGGAGCAUUGGCAGGCCUCCAUAUCUUCAGGAUCAGGGGGCCCCAAGCCCAAAAAGAAAGGGAAGGAACCCUCCAGCUUCAGCCCCAGCCGGGUUCUGGAACCCCCGUGCUCAGGUCCUGGGCGGUGCCCUAUCAUGGGAUCAGGUGAGGGUCUCCGCCAUCUUCUAGUUUGCGCUGGACCAGGACUCGGAGGGUGAGGCUGGGGCUCCCUGCAGCUCCCUUCUGGGAGACCUCACCCUUUUGUGCUGAGUCCAGACCUCUGGAGGCGUUGCCUCCUUCAAAGCCAAAGGGAUGAAUUGGUGGUUCUGCUAUGUUUACAGUACAGUCUAUUUUGUUACCUUUUGGGAAGGUAUUUCUGAAAUUUGAAUAAAUUAAUUUCCCAAAUG